AUGUUUUUUAUUUCAUCUAGGAGGAACAUGUAUAGCGGUGACUUCGACACAGAGUCUGGUGACCAUGCAAGCGGCGCACCUGUGACCGGCGGUAUUUUUAAGAACGCCGCGUUCGAAAUUCUCAAGCAAGAGGAACGGCUUAUGACGUCAGGGGAGAUUACAAAGCUGGCGAUUGACAGGAAGCUGCUUAGGUGCAUGGGGAAAACCCCCGAGAACACGAUGGCGUCGGCGCUGUACACUGAGGUCCGCAAGAAGGCCCACACCACCGUAUUCAUCAAGCCUAAAGAAGGCCUCUUCGGUCUGAAAUCCUGGCUGAACGAGCCCUGGCUGCUCAACUGGCUAGCCCAGGAGGGCAUUGAUUUAGCGGACUUGCACGACCCAGGCGGCGCACAGGAGCCCGUGCCCAAGAAGCUACGCACCAGCUACAAUGGCGCGCCCUCCCGCGCCGGCGCCGUUACUGGCGGCGGCGGUUACUACUCGAACCGUACGUCGUCCAACGGGGCGCCAUUGUUGCGGUCCUCUUCCGCUGGGAUGGGGACGUCCCUAGGGGUACCGGCGGCGGUCACCGCAGCGGGGCACAGGGGAUCAUUGAGCGCAGGGGAUGCACUGGGGUCUGGCGGCGGAAGCAGAGGGGGUCGAGGAUCUUUCACGAGCUUUGGGCCUGCGCCGUCGGGCAACGGCGGAGCCAUUCCGAAGGUGCCUUACGGCGGCGGGCGCGGCGUUACGGCCAACGGCAUGGCGGCGGCGGGCGCGGUGGCGGGCGGUAACUCGGCGGGUGGCGCUGUCAGCGACGCGCUGAGCAGUCUACACCUGCUGGUCGAUGCAGCGGACGAGAUUGAGGGGGGCCCUGAGGAUGAUCCAGCUGUCAUGCACGGACCGCCGCAAGUUCGACGGCGUAGUGGCGACGUACAUCGUCAGCCGUCCUUCCGGCGCCAGCGGCCGCCGCUUAGCCGGGAGCCCUCGAUGCCGUGCAUGGUUGCCAAGGUCAGGAUGCGCGACGAGCUUGAAGACGAUCGUCAAGAGGCGCCGGAAGGCGAAGAGGAGGGGGAGGAGGAGAUGGCGGAGGGGGAGGAGGAGGGGGAGAAGGAUGCUGGCAGGGUAGCAGAAGCAGCGGCCUUUGAUGACGAUGGCGAGCAGGGAGAGGAGUCAGAUGGCGACAUGAUGGGGCAAGGGGACGGGGCCACGGCGGCGGCGGUGGCGACCUAUCGACGUGAUGCCGUACUGGCGUUGCAGUUACGUCAACAGUCGUCAAACCAGUUGCACCGUACGGCCGAACAGCAGCGGCAGCAGCAUACUGGGAGAGCAGGCGAACUGGCGGAAGAGGCCAGCGACGACAGAAAGAGCGAGGAGCAGCAGCAUAUCGACGACGGGCCCGAGCAUGGUCAACCUAGCGAGGGUAACGGCGAGGACGCGGCGAACCAUGGCACGCCUGCCGGCGUUCGCUGGGGCCCCGACGCCGAGAAUCUGGGUCACCAUCAUCCGGGGAUUUAUCGCGGAAUGAGGGGCGGACGAAUUUCCGGACGGACCAUACUUGGGGACAACGGCGCUGCGGGGAUAGCACCUGCGGCAGUGGGUGGCGGCCGAAGGCGGCAUGCUCACCGGCCCGGGGUCUUUGGUGCUCAGGCUGCGGGCAGGGGUGAAGAGACAGACGAAGACGAAGGGCGAGAGGCUGAGGAGGAGGAUGAAGGGCAAGAGGAGGAGGAGGAGGACGAUGUGAUGAUGAGCGGGGAUGAAACCGUGUCAGCGCAGCGGCGACGGACGGCGCUACCUCCUCGGUCUGCUGGCUCGGACCGCCGAACAGGUGCAGAUAGCGGCGGAGGCGGAGGCGCCCGGAGGCAGGUUCGAGGAGGCGCACAGCGCUGCUCUGCCAGCAGUCGAAAGCACUCUGACGUUCCAUUGCCGCCGCACUUUCACGGGCGCCGGGCCUCUAGAAGCAUGCCUCCCAUGCCCCAAUCGUCAAUCCCGAUGAUGCACAUGCCGCCGGGUCAGUGUUUGCCGCUACAUCUACUCCAGGGACUGCCGCCGCAGGGCGCAGCAGCAGCGACCGCUGGUCUACCAUACAACCCCGCCGCCGUGCACGCCAUGCUCGUUGCCGGUGGCGGCGGCGUCAGCGGGAACGGUCACGGUAUCGCCGGGGGCCUGCCACUUCCUUCGUCGGAGCGCCUCCGCGCGGUUUUGAUGGGCGGUGGGCCUCUGGCUUUGCCCGGCCUGGGUCUGGGUCUGGGCCCCGGACAGCUAUCGGGGCCAUUUGGGCCGAUGCUCGGGCCGCAGAUGCUGCCGCCGGGGCUUGGGAUGGGCCUGCCCGGUCUAGACGUUGGGGCUCUACUUGGAGACAUGCCAGCGAACCUGGCCACCGCCGUUGCCGGCGGCGGGGGGGCCGCGAGCGGCGGCACGCAUGGGUAUCCGUUGCCGCCAUCGCUGGCGCAGAUUGCGGCGGUGCUGGGGCGCUCGCCUGGACUGUCUGCCAGCUUCGUGGCGGCACACAACAGGAUAGCGGAGAUGAGCGGCGCCGCUGCGGAACUCAAUGACAAUGGAGGCAGGGGCGGCGUGAAGACGGGGCGCGACGCCGUGGCGGUGGCGAUGAAAUUUGAGGAACGUGGCGGCGGCGGCAGCGGUAGUAGGCCAUCGGCGUCACGGCAGAGCGCAGCCGAUGGUGAGGAACGCCACCAUCAGCUCGGUGGCGGCGGCGGCGGCUGGCAGCUCGGGAAAGGUGGCACAACGAGGAGGGCUGCCAAAGCGCCCUUGAACAGCUACCCCGGUGGUGGCGGCGCUUCAAGUCCUCAGUCGCUACAGAUGGGUGCUGAUGCCGCAGCAGCGGCAACAGCAGGCGUUGACGGAGCCGCUGCAGGUGGCGGGUCGUCAUCACGGUCCGUCUUUGGUGAUGGAGGGGAGGCGGCUGCGGCGUGUACCGCAGGAUUUGACCAGCAUCAGCAGCAGGUGCUCGAAGAAGUUCUGCUUCGCGCGCCCUCGUCGGUAUCGCCAAUGGGAGGUCCGCCCGCGGCCUCGGUCGCAGUGCACGACGCGAUGAACAGCCCAGAUUCGCAGCUUGCGGGCGGCGCAGGAAGAGCCUCUCCCGUCAACACGGACGGGGCUGACCGCCACAGCCUCGAAGGCGAAAGCGCAGGUCAGCUAGACAACCAGCCGACGGCAGCAACAGGGGCAGCGGGAGCUGCGUCGGCGUCGGCGUCGGGAGGGCCUCAGCGGCGCCCGGCGGCGCAGGCAUCAGGUGUGGCUGCGCCGCCUGGACCACAGCCCUGCAGCAGCAGCGGCGGGCGCCAGUCGGCUGUUGCUGCCGCUGCGGCAGCAGGGGCGGAACAGGCGCAGGGUUUAGGGCCACAGGUUGCCGGGGGCAAUGGCGAGGUGCUGGCUCAGCUGGCAUUGCUGCAGCAGCAGCACCUGAAGCUGCUGCUGCCAGUAGACGCUGCUCGACAGGGUGAUGUGCCCGACCCGGCGUCCAUAAACCGCAUCCGCCAGCAGGUCCUAGAGACGGAGUCACGCAUGGGGCCUCUGCAUCCGGAGACCGGCCGCGCAUACGUGCUGUUGGCGCGCGUGUUAGAGCACAAGGGAACCUGCUGGAGCCUCUCCAUGGCGGAGCGUGCGCUGCUGCGCGCUUGGACCAUUGUCAGCCUCGUCAGCAGCAGCAGGCGGCCGUCGGAUCUUGGUUCAACAGUCUCUGCAGCCGCUGCACCAGCGUCGGCGGUUUCUGGCGCUGUAGAGGCCGACGCUGCAGAGGGGGGUACGUCCGCGCUCGGGGAGAUGCUAGGGCAGCUGCCUGACAGCUUCCACAGCUUCCAGUACCUUCUGGAACAGAUCCGCAUGAAGCUCAGCUUUUUGCAGGAUCGGCAAGAGCGGCAGCUGGUGGCGCUGCUGCGGAUGGUGGCGAUGUUGCGCGCGUCACCGGGCGGGAAGUGGAUUCCGCGCGUGGGACUGUCGUUGUGUGACGAGCCGGCCGUUGGGAUUAUGGCUGUAGGGAUAGCUAUGUCGCCACGCGCCAUGUGGCUCUCAUGGGUUGAUACCCUGUCGGGUCUUUGCCUCAGGGACGGCUUGUCCGUGCUUCCAAUUCCCCUGCUUUUCGUUUUGUGCUACUGCUGCUGCUACCUGCUGCUGCUGGCCACCUUUGUUCGGUGGUUGGUGCACGACUGUUGCACAGGUUUUGCAACGUGCAUACCUGGUACGGCGCGCAACGCUUGUACUGUGUGUGUAUCCAUCGUUCUCCUAUCUCGGCGAAAUCGCCAAAUGGUCUUUGAGGACCUGUGUAGAGAGGAUAACACCAGCAUGGGGUCGCGGAAGGAUAUGAACGGAAAGCUUUGGUGUACAACCCGCCAGUAUCCCAGCGGUGCCGCGAUGGUGGGUACAAUGCAGGAGCAACACUACAAGCUGGCCUUGGAUGGUGUAAAUGAUGACCUUGAGUAUGGCGGCACGGGGAAGGGGUUAGGUAGUACAUGA